AUGUCCGAACCCAUCCCCGAAUCGAUCCCCACAAGCGCCGACCCGCGCAGCAAACGGCCCCUCAAGCGACGCGCCCUGAACACUCCCCAAAAUGCACAAUCCGAACAAGCCUCGCAGAUCGAAUCGCUGAUGCGGGACCCGACGCGCGAGAUCCAUCUGCCCGCCCAACGACCCCCCCGCACGGCGGGGUCGCUGCCGCCGCCGCCGGAGAUCGUCGCCAACGUGCAGGGGUCGUCGGCGGGGGCCGGGUCCGGCGAGUUCCACGUCUACAAGGCCAGCCGGCGGCGCGAGUACGAGCGGCUCCGGCUGAUGCAGAACGAGGUGAUCCAGGAGCAGGAGGACGAGGCAUGGGCACGGAAGCAGGCCGACACCAAGCGGCGGGAUGAGGAGCGGACGGAGAAGAAUCGGCGGCGGAGGGAGAAGAAGAAGCGCGCCAAUGCGAGGAAGGAAACCACUCAUAAGGCCGGUGGGGAGGAGGGGAAGGAUGGGGCGGGGGAUCGGAUGGUGGUUGAUCGGGCGGAUGAGACGGCGGCGGUGGCUGGGGAUGGUAUCGUUGCUGGGGCGGAGGGUGGGGAUAGCAAUGGCAAUGGCAAUGGCGAGGCUGGUGGGGAGGUGCAGGGGAUUAUUAUCCAUGAUGAUUGA